CCUGAACUAGCAGUGAAGUGUCGCACUCACGGAUGCCGUUGGGUGUGGGAGAUUUAAAGUGAAAGGCGCCAGACUCCGCGUCGGGGCCCUGGGCCGGCGGUAGCAUGGCGGGGGCUGGCGCCGUGCCUGGGGAGCUCAGCCUCAUGGACAAAGGCAUUGGGAGCUUGUUGGAGAUAACUCUCAGUUCAGAACUUCACACAGUCAACCUACAUUGUAACCAGAUCUCCAAGAUUGAAGGGCUUGGUCAUAUCCGGAGUUUGCAGCAUUUAGACCUGUCAUCUAAUCAAAUACAUCAAAUUGAAGGACUAAGUACCCUGACUAAUCUUCGCACUUUAAAUUUAUCCUGUAAUUUGAUAACAAAAGUAGAGGGACUAGGAAAGCUACAUAAUUUAACUAAAUUGAAUUUGUCAUACAACCGGAUACAUGAUCUUACUGGAUUUUUGGAUCUUCGUGGAGCCAGUCAUAAAAUUAAUCACAUUGAUCUCCACAGCAACUGCAUAAGUAGUAUUAACCAUUUACUCCAGUGUAUGAUGGGACUGCAUUACUUGACCAAUCUUACUUUAGAAAAAAAUGGAAAGAGCAAUGCAGUCUGUGACAUAACAGGUUACAGAGAGAUUAUUCUUCAGACUUUGCCUCAGCUUACAGUCCUAGAUGGAAGGAAUGUAUUUGGUGAACCAAUAAACUUGAUAGAAGAGAAUUCAUCAGAUUUGCAGUGUUUGGAAGGCCUCUUGGAUUGUUUGGCUUCAUCCAGUUCCCCCUGCCAUGAAGAACAGAGUUGUGUUAACUUGCGAGUGAUCACUCCUCAUAUUGAUAAGGUGUUAACUCAGUUUCGACAACGUGCAACACAAAGCACCUUUGAUUCUUCAGAAGCAAUAUCCUCUUCAGAACCAGAAAAGGCUAAAGUAGAUAAUGAGUUACACAGUGAAAUAAGGAUAAAAAAACUAGAGGAUCAAAUUUCACAGCUCUUGCAGAAGGUCUCUAAUUAUUCAAGAACAGGCACUCCUCUGAAAGUUCUCAAAGCAAAGAGAGACACUGAUCUGACUUCUGAGAGUGAGUGUGAAAGCGGAAAAGAAAACAACAGAAAGGUGGCUAAAAGAAGCAAGAUCCCUAAUUAUCGUAAAUCUACUUUGUCUACUAAACAUCAUGCUAAUCAUUUUAAAGGCAAAAUAACAGACAGAGGAGAGGAGCAGAAUUUCUUGAAGUCAAAGUGUCUGCAUUCUCAAAUGAAAGAGAACUCUUCUUGUGUAAAUUCAGCUUCAGAAACACCAGACUUAGAAGUGGUGGGAAAAUCAGCCAAGAAAUUGAUGGGAAGACCAAAGAGUCAAAUAAGAAAAACAGAAGGUGUGAAUUCAAGUACUGCAGAGGAAUCCACUUACAGAGCACUAGUUCAAGAACUGGAUCAGGAGAAAGAGAAGAGAUGGAAAGCUGAACAAGCUGAAAAGAAAUUGAAAGAACAUAUCAAAGAAUUGCAGAAACAGUCAAAAGAAGAAAAGGAUAUUCAGAGUAUGGCUGUGUAUACUACAGAAAGGUUAAAGGAACUGAUUUUGAGAGAGAGAAAUACAAAAACAAGACUGCAAGCUGAUAUCCAGCAACUGAAAAAUGAAACUGAAAGACUUACCAAUGAGUUAAAUCAAGCAAGAAAUAAAGAGGAAGAUCAACAAAAGGCUCUUCAAAUUUUAGAAGAAACAUUAUCCAAGAUGGAGACACACAGAAUACAACAAGAAGCAACAGGGAUGAAGCGGAUUCAAGAGGCAGAAUUAAAAGCUUCAGCAACCGAGAGAGAAGUACAGUUACUUCGCUUAUCUCUUCGACAACAGAAAGAGAAGGUGCAACAUCUACAUGAGCUUCUCAUGUUAAGAGACCAAGAGCACAGGAGAGAACUUGAAACCCGAGUUGCUUUGAAUGGAUCUGAAUUCCAAGAUGCAUUGUCAAAAGAAAUGGCUAAAGAAAAGCAGAGGCAUGAAGAACGUAUUAAAGAAUUUCAAGAGAAAAUAAGUAUGUUAAACCAGCAGUAUAUGGAGCUAGAAAAUGAAUUUCGUGUUGCUUUAACUAUUGAAGCCAAAAGGUUUAAAGAGGUAAAGGAUGGUUUUGAAAAUGUUACUGCUGAGUUAGCAGAACAUAAGUGUGCCCUGUUUCAAUCUCAGCAAAAGGAAAAGCAGUCAGCAGCUCUGAUUCAAGAGCUGACAUCCAUGGUGAAAGAACAGAAAACAAGGAUUGCGGAGGUAGUAAAAUCAAAACAAGAAACAACAGCAAAUCUAAAGAAUCGAAUCCGAACACUUGAAAGUAUGGUUGAGGAGGACAAACAAAAAACUAUUCAAAUUGAACUCCUUAAACAGGAAAAAUCAAAACUUAUUUCUCAACUGACAGCCCAAGAAUCUGUAAUUGAAGGAUUAAAAAUGGAAAGAAAAAUAUGGGGACAAGAAUUGGCGCAACAGGGAGCUUCUCUUGCUCAAGAUCGUGGAAAACUAGAAGCAAAAAUUGAAGUUCUAGCCAAUGAAUGUGAGAUUCUGAAAAAACAAAGUGAACGUGACAAUGAUAUCCUAAGAAUUAAGACCAAGAUAGUGGAAGAUCAAACAGAAACAAUUAAGAAAUCACUCACAAACACAUGUGGUUUACAGGAAAGAGAUGAACAGAUCAGAAAACAGCAUGAAGAAAAUGUUGAAAUCAAAAAGACUUUUCAGGUACAAUUGGAUGAAAAAACUGCGCAGUUGGAAGAGAUAAUGGAAAAAUUAGAAAGGCAAAAUGAAAGAAAAGAGGAAUUAAAACAACUGCUAGAAGAAAAAGAAGCAGAACUGGAAGAUAUUAGGAAAGCAUACAGUACAAUGAAUAAGAAGUGGCAAGAUAAAGGAGAACUUUUAAGCCAUUUGGAGACACAAGUUAAACAAAUGAAAGAAUCCUUUGAUAUUAAGGAAAAGAAGUUGAUUGAAGAGAAAAACAAAAGCCUUCAAACUCAGAAGGUUGCAAUAGAAAAACUUCAUUCAAUGGACGAUGCUUUUAGAAGACAGCUUGAGUCAACGUUAGCAGCUCAUCAGGCAGAAUUACUGCGGCUAGCAAAUGAAAAACAAAGGCAAAUUGAAGCAGCAAAUGAAAAGGUUUACCAUGUUGAAGAAGAAAUGCGUCAGCUUCUGCAAGAAACAGCAAACAGUAAAAAGGUAAUGGAAGAGAAAAUAAGACGACUUACAAGUGCACUGAGUGACAUUCAGCAAGAUCUCUGAAAUGUGUAAUGCAUUAAAUCUGACUGUUGUGCUUCUCUUAAUAAAAGGAGUUGAAGUAAUGUAAAAUAUAUACAUAAACAAAGACAUUGUAUAGAUUGUUUAUAUAGUUUGUCAAACUACUUGCUGUGCUUUUUAGUUUCCUUUAAAACUGAUUCCCAGAGAGGAAUUUUUAUUUGUGUAAUCUUAUUUGAAGAGUUCAAGAAUCAAAGAUGUAUUAAAGAUUUAUAUAGUAUUUUCAUACUGGUGGUGUACACGUCUUAGUAUUUGUGUCAGAGCUGUCUAAGAAAUAGGUCAACCAAAUCAACAAAUGAAAAGCACUGUAUGAGUUAAAAAUUAUUUUUAAGAAAGAGCAGAUGGAGUAAGUAUGAAGUAAGGAUAUGAAAAAGAAUUAGGCUUGUCCUUCGUGUAGUUGGGUUCUUUAAGUUAAGCAAUCAUGAUGCUCAUGUCCUUUUAAUAAAACACAGAUUGCACCCAUAAUCAGUUGAGAGACUUUUUAAUAACACAUAUUGUAUAUGACCGUUUUGCAUAUCUGGAGUUAACACUAACAUUCAGAGAUAGCAUGAGUUAUUACUGUUCUCUCAGAGAAAAGAGAAAUCUUGUUUACCUCAUCAGUUUCUGAAUAUGUUCUGUAAUUUCUCCUAAACAUUACUUUUCAAACCUGAUGCUGGUCCUUGAUGUCUUUCAUACACUAUGCUGUUUGUUUCAAAGGAUGCAUUCUUGUUGCCAUUCCGUGGUCCACACUGAUGGAACAGCUUAUAGCUUAAAGGUCUAAAUAAAGUUCUUAAGAUCAGGAAUUUACAGUUGUAAAUAUGAGCUCAAUU